AUGGUUGCAGCCUCCACUGCCGGCUCCACCAACCCCGAAGCCGCCGCCGCUGCUGCUGGCGGCAAGAAGGGCAAGAAGAAAACCAAGGAGGAUCGCGAUGCCAAGCUCAACGAGCUGAAGAAGGAGCUCAAGCUUGACGAGCACGUUGUGCCUCUCGACGAGCUCUGCGCCCGUUUCAACACCAACACUGACAAGGGUAUGACCGAGGCUGCUGCCAAGGCUCGCCUCGAGGAGGAUGGCUUCAACGAGCUGACUCCUCCCCCCACCACCCCCGAGUGGGUCAAGUUUCUGCUCCAGAUGUUUGGUGGUUUCGCCACUCUUUUGUGGAUUGGUGCCAUUCUCUGCUUCAUUGCCCACGGUAUCACCGUUUCCCAGGCCGAGGAGGGCGAUGAGGUCAACUCGGAGAACCUGUACCUCGGUAUUGUCCUGGCUGCCGUCGUCAUCAUCACUGGUGUCUUCUCAUACUUCCAGGAGGGCCGUGCAUCCAACAUCAUGAAGUCCUUUGCCAAGAUGACGCCCCAGAAGUCCAAGGUGAUCCGUGACGGCCAAGUGACCGAGAUUGAGGCCCGCUACCUCGUCAAGGGUGACGUCGUUAUGGUCAAGUCUGGUGAUCGCGUUCCUGCUGAUCUCCGUAUCAUCGAGUGCGCCGACCUCAAGGUCGACAACUCUUCGCUGACGGGUGAGUCGGAGCCUCAAAAGCGUGGCACCGAGUGCACCGACGAGAACCCCCUCGAGACCCAGAACAUUGCCUUCUUCUCCACCAACGCCGUCGAAGGCUCUGGUAAGGGCAUCGUCAUUCAGUGCGGUGAUUACACCGUCAUGGGCCGUAUUGCUGGUCUGGCUUCGGGUGUCAACUCUGGUGACUCUCCCAUUCACCGCGAGAUUGAGCACUUUAUCCACAUUAUCACCAUUGUCGCCGUCGUCCUGGGUGUGACCUUCUUCAUCAUUGCCCUGGCCAUUGGUUACUACUGGCUCGACGCCGUCAUCUUCCUCAUUGGUAUCAUUGUCGCCAACGUGCCCGAGGGUCUUUUGGCCACCGUCACUGUGUGCCUUACCCUGACCGCCCAGAAGAUGGCCCAGAAGCAGUGCCUCGUCAAGAACCUCGAGGCCGUCGAGACCCUCGGCUCCACCUCAACCAUUUGCUCUGACAAGACUGGUACCUUGACCCAGAACCGCAUGACCGUGGCCCACGUUUGCUUCGACCAGGAGAUUCGUGAGGUCAACACCAACCCUGAGAGUGAGGAGGCCGACUCUUACGACUACAAAGACCCUUGCUUCCGCCAGCUCUUCCGUGUUGCCAUCCUCUGUAACAAGGCCCGCUUCCUCGGUGGCCAGGAGAACAAGCCCGUUCUCAACCGUGACACGGCUGGUGAUGCUUCCGAGUCAGCCAUCUUCAAGUACACAGAGCGUAACCUCGAGCGUUACUCGGACAAGCCCAUCAAGUCGGACGGUUCUUUCGUCCUCGGCGAGCGUGCCAAGUACCCCGUGGUGGCUGACAUCCCCUUCAACUCGACCAACAAGUACCAGGUGGCCAUUCACGAGGACCCCGAGGAUGACCGCUAUCUCCUCGUCAUGAAGGGUGCUCCGGAGCGCGUCAUUGCCCGCUGCUCGCACAUCUGGAAGAACGGCGAGAUCCAGCCCAUGACCGAUGCUGACCGUAAGAAGUUUGAGGAGAACAACGCCAGCCUCGGUCGCCGUGGUGAGCGUGUCCUUGGUUUCUGCACCCUCUCGCUGCCCAAGGAUCAGUUCCCCAAGGGCUUCAACUUUGAGACUCAGCCCCCGAACUUCCCUCUGGAGGGUCUCGUCUAUGUUGGCCUCACCGCCCUCAUUGACCCUCCCCGCCCCGCCGUUCCUGGCGCCGUGGCCAAGUGCCGCUCGGCCGGCAUCAAGGUUAUCAUGGUCACCGGUGAUCACCCCAUUACUGCCUCGGCCAUUGCCAAGCAGGUUGGUAUCAUUUUCCGUGAGAAGACCGUUGAGGACAUUGCCGAGGAGCGUGGCUGUGCCGUAUCCGAGGUUGACCCCGCCGAGGCCGGCGCCAUUGUUGUCACUGGUACUCAGCUCGCCGAGAUGGAGGGCGACAACACCCAGCUCGAUCACAUUCUCGCCACCCACCGUGAGAUUGUCUUUGCCCGUACUUCUCCUCAGCAGAAGCUCAUCAUUGUCGAGGGUUGCCAGCGCGCCAACCAGAUUGUUGCCGUGACCGGUGAUGGUGUCAAUGACUCCCCCGCUCUGAAGAAGGCUGACAUUGGUGUGGCCAUGGGUAUCGCCGGUUCGGAUGUGUCCAAGCAGGCUGCCGACAUGAUUCUGCUGGACGACAACUUUGCUUCCAUCGUCGUUGGUGUUGAGGAGGGUCGUCUCAUCUUCGACAACCUCAAGAAGUCGAUCGCCUACACGCUCACCUCAAACAUUCCCGAAAUCUCCCCCUUCCUCUUCUUCAUCCUGGCCUCAGUGCCCCUCCCUCUCGGUGUCAUCACCAUUCUCUGCAUUGAUCUGGGUACCGACAUGGUGCCCGCCAUCUCUCUUGCUUACGAAGAGGCUGAGGCCGACAUCAUGCGCCGCCGUCCCCGUGAUCCUUCGCGCGAUCGCCUGGUCAACCACCGUCUAAUUUGCAUGGCCUACCUCCAGAUUGGCUUCAUCCAGGCCGCUGCUGGCUUUUUCACCUACUUCACCAUCAUGGCCGAGAACGGCUUCAAGGCUCACCGCCUCUUUGGUCUGCGUGAGGACUGGGAUAACGAUGACAUCAACGAUCUCACCGACUCUUACGGUCAAGAGUGGACUUACGACCAGCGCAAGGAUCUCGAGUACACUUGCCACUCUGCUUUCUUCGUCUCCAUUGUCAUUGUGCAGUGGGCUGAUUUGAUGAUUUGCAAGACCCGUAAGCUCUCCAUCUUCCAGCAGGGCAUGCGCAACAACACCCUCAUCUUCGCCCUCUUCUUCGAGACGGCGCUGGCCUGCGUCCUCGUGUACGCUCCUGGCACGGAUGUUGCCCUCAACUUCCGUCCCCUCCUCUUCCGCUGGUGGAUCACGGCCCUGCCCUUCUCUGCGCUUAUCUUUACCUACGAUGAGCUGCGUAAGAUGUCCAUGCGUCGUUUCCCCAAGGGCUUCAUCGAGCGCUGGACUUACUAUUAGGUUAUUUGGCCCUCAACUCGCCGAAAUACCUUCCACUUCUACUUUUUUUCCAAUUUUCUUCCACCCAUCCUGGGCUUGCCCAUGCUUCCUGUUUUCUUUUAGCGCUUUUCUGUCUUGAGUCACACUUUUUUUCUACUUGGUUUUUUCUUUCCUUUCUUUUUGCGCUAUCUCCACAUCAUGUCUAAUUGUGGGUACAUGCUGUCCAACGUGUCACUGCGGCGCUCGCACUGUCUGGACGCACAUGCUCUCUUGCGGACGGGCAACGCCUUCAUUUCCUUUCUUUUCCGUUUUCCCCUUGUGUGCCGUCGUUGUUGCUCUCGUUGGAGGACGAUGUGAAUGUCUUAAAGCUUCUCUUCCCGGUCUUGCCACCUUGUGGUGAGAAUCACCCUUUUGAUUUUCUUGUUGUGUUUUUUUCUUUUCUUCUGCGUUCCUACCAACGCACCAACUCUUGCACACGCUUGUGUGCGAGGGUUGACCUGCUGAUUUUUAGACGUACUUUAGGAAGUCGUGCGUUGCGUGCACGAUGAUCCACGUUUGCCUACAAUUGAGCGAGACCUGACCCC